AUGCACACAUUUUCAACAUUACCCGUCGAACUAGUUUAUCGAAUUAUGGAUCAUCAAAAUGACCGGACGCUAUUUUGUUCAAUGCAAAAUAUUUGUCGACGGCUCAAUCAGAUUCUGAGUACCUACCAGCGAUAUCGAACACUCACCACACUUGACCUCAGUAGGAACGAAAUCGGUGAUGAAGGAGCACAGCACAUUGCUAAUGCGCUGCGAACGAAUACGACAUUCACCACACUUAACCUCGGUUGGAACGAAAUCGGUGAUGAAGGAGCACAACACAUUGCUAAUGCGCUGCGAACGAAUACGACACUCACUACUCUUAACCUCAGUGCGAACGGAAUCGGUGUUGAAGGAGCACAACACAUUGCUAAUGCGCUGCGAACGAAUACGACACUCACUACUCUUAACCUCAGUGCGAACGAAAUCAGUGUUGAAGGAGCACAACACAUUGCGGAUGGGUUGCGAACGAAUACGACACUCACUACCCUUAAACUCUGGCGCAACGAAAUCGGUGAUGAAGGAGCACAACACAUUGCUAAUGCGUUGCGAGCGAAUACGACACUCACCACACUUCACCUCGAGGAGAACGGAAUCGGUGCUGAAGGAGCACUGGACAUUGCUAUUGCGCUGCCAAUGAAUACGACACUCACCAGACUUAACCUCAGUGCGAACGAAAUCGGUGUUGAAGGAGCUCAACACAUUGCUAAUGCGCUGCGAACGAAUACGACACUCACCACGCUUAACCUCCAGAACAACCAAAUCGGUGAUGAAGGAGCACAAGAUAUUGCGGAUGGGUUGCGAACGAACGCCACACUCACCACGCUUAACCUCGAGGUCAACGAAAUCGGUGAUGAAGGAGCACAAGAUAUUGCGGAUGCGUUGCGAACGAACGCAACACUCACCACACUUGACCUCAGUUGGAACCGAGUCGGUGUUGGAGGAGCGCAACACAUUGCGGAUGCGUUGCGAACGAACGCAACACUCACUACGCUUAACCUCGAGGACAACCAAAUCGGUGCUGGAGGAGCAGAACACAUUUCGCAUGCGUUGCGAACGAACGCAACACUCACCACACUUGACCUCAGUAGGAACCGAAUCGGUGCUCGAGGAGCGCAACACAUUUCGCAUGCGUUGCGAACGAACGCAACACUCACGACGCUUAACCUCGAGGGCAACGAAAUCGAUGCUGGAGGAGCAGAACACAUUUCGGAUGCGUUGCGAACGAACGGAACACUCACCACACUUAACCUCGACGGAAAACAAAUCGGUGAUGAAAUAGCUCAACAUAUUGCAGAUGCAUUGGAAAGGAAUAUAAGCGCCAAGAUGGUAUAG